UCCUCGACUUACAACCGUUCUUUAAGUGACUAUUCAGAGUUAUGUCGGCGGUGAAAAAAGUGUCUUAGAACCAUUUUUCACCAUUCCGGCAUCCUCGUGAUCAAAACUUGGCAAUUAACUCACAUUUAUGACAGACGUGAGGUCUCGCACGAUCCCCCUUUGCAACCGUCUGUGACGAGCAAAUGGGGAAAACCAGAUUCACGAAACAACUGUGUGACCAGCCAAAUGGUGGCAAGGAUGGUCAUAACCUGGGGGCCAAGCGCGCUUAACCAACGUCUCGUUCAGCAACAAGAAAUAUUUAGGCCCCCAGCGUCGUAAGUCGAGGACUACCUAGACUUCUUUCAGAAGGAGCCUUUGGGUGGGAACAAUUCGAAAAGGACAUUUUAUUUUUAUUUUGUUUUAUUUUGCUCAUGGCUGCUUGCCCAUUUCUACCCAGGAGCUGGAAGCCAUUAAAGCCAGGGUACGAGAGAUGGAGGAAGAAGCCGAGAAGUUGAAAGAGUUGCAAAAUGAAGUUGAGAAGCAGAUGAACAUGAGCCCCCCACCCGGAAAUGCUGGUCCGGUCAUCAUGUCUUUAGAAGAAAAGAUGGAAGCCGACGCCAGAUCGAUAUACGUAGGAAAUGUCGAUUACGGGGCAACCGCAGAAGAGUUGGAAGCCCACUUCCACGGCUGUGGUUCCGUCAACCGUGUGACCAUCCUGUGUGACAAGUACACGGGCCAUCCCAAGGG